GGUGGCGGUGGCUGCCGAGCGCUUCCGAGCUCGCAGCAGACUGGGAGUAUAGGUCUAAGCGGAGCGUGGGCAAGCGGCACGGGGAAAACUGCCUACGGUGCACGUCCGUAUGUCAGGAAGUGCCAAAGGGGCGGGGAAGAGGCGGUGGUGGAGCUCGGGCAGGUGGAGACCGAGCGUGGGACCGGGCCGGGACAGACGCUUUUUGUGGCGUUUCCCAAGGCAGAGGGGAAGGAGGCCGUCACCCUCCUAGCUUCUCUCAAUGUUUUUCAAAACUGGCGAGGUGAACUUCAGCGGGAGCCCAGUACGGUAAUUUCUUAGGAGGCACAGAAGUGUUUGAAGGGCUGCGUACCCUACUGAAGGAUGGCAGAAGCAGUGUUGAUUGAUUUCUUUGGUUUGAAAUUUAACUCUCAGAAAAACAGUCACCAGGUAUUACUGAAGACACUGAAUGCUGUCCGAUACCAUCAUGCUGCCAAGGCCAAGUUUCUUUGCAUAAUGUGUUGUAAUAGCAUCAGCUGUGAAAGGGAUGGGGAACAUAACUUUGAAUUGGAAGCAAGCAAUGGAUUAUCAGCUGUCUUGAGAGAGUUUGAGACUGUUAGCAAUCCUAGUAUGGCUGCCUCUUUGUAUACCAUUAAACAAAAAAUUGAUGAAAAAAACUUGAGCAGCAUUAAGGUAAUUGUACCCAAGCACCGGAAGACAUUGCUGAAAGCUUUUAUUGAUCAACUCUUCACCAACGUUUACAAUUUUGAGUUUGAAGAUUUACAGGUGACUUUGAGGGGAGGUCUUGUGAAACAGUCCAUGAUCAUGAUCGCAGAUCAAGAACAAGAAAUAAACAUGAUCACAGAUCAAGAACAAGAAGCAAUCCAGAAUGAAAUAAAAACAUAUUUGAGAAGUCUGCCAGCUCUGAAAGGAGAAUUAACCAUUAUCACAUCACCAUUAAUCUCAGAUAUUUUCUUGCAUGGAUUUACUACAAGGACAGGUGGAAUAUCUUACAUACCAACUCUUAGCUCAUUCAAUCUCUUCAGUAGUUCCAAACGGAGGGAUCCCAAGGUUGUUGUCCAAGAAAAUCUGCGUAGGUUGGGGAAUGCUGCAGGAUUUAAUGUGGAGAAAUUUUACCAAAUAAAGACUGAUCAUGCCAAUGACGUCUGGAUUAUGGGAAGGAAGGAGCCUGAAUCUUACGAUGGAAUCACCACAAAUCAGAGGGGAGUCACAAUAGCAGCUCUUGGUGCUGACUGUAUACCAAUAGUUUUUGCUGAUCCUGUCAAAAAAGCAUGUGGGGUUGCUCACUCUGGUUGGAGAGGUACUUUGUUAGGUGUUGCUAUGGCUACAGUGCAUGCUCUGAUCACAGAAUAUGGCUGUAGUUUGGAAGACAUUAUUGUUGUACUGGGACCUUCAGUAGGACCUUGCUGUUUUACUCUGCCAAGGGAAUCAGCAAAGGGAUUUCAUAAUCUUGAUCCUGAAUGUGUACGGUUAUUUGAUUCACCAAAUCCCUAUGUUGACAUUCGUAAAGCCACUAGGAUUCUUCUAGAACGGGGAGGAAUUCUACCACAGAAUAUUCAGGACCUGAACCAAGAUCUCAACAUCUGUACAUCCUGCCAUCCUGACAAGUUUUUUUCCCACGUCCGAGAUGGCCUUAAUUUUGGUACACAGAUUGGCUUCAUAUCAAUUAGAGAAUGAGAUAUUGACUGGAUUUUUACACAGCUGUUUCCUGCCUCCUCCUAAACCAACGACAAGAGACAAAUUUAGCUGUUUGAUUUACUUAAAACCAAAAGGAUUAUAAUGGAUAAUUCAUCUUUAGGUAUAUUUUCACUAUUAUCCAAAAACAAAUGAUUUUUAUUUGAUUCUAACAAAAUCUAGAUGAGGAUUAUUCGUAAAGUGUGGUCUAUUUUCUGUGUUGCAUGAAUCAAGAAUAGGUCUGUUCAUUUCAGUAUUUAUUGGGUACCCUCUUUGUCAGGCACUGGUGAAGCAUAGGUGAGUCAAAAUAAGUAAUAAUUUUUCCCCUUGAGUCUAAUGCAAUGGAGGAGAUAAACACUUACAAUACUUAAAUUUAAUUUUGAUAGCCGUGGAAGAGUACUGAAGAAGAGAGGAUUAAUUCUCUCUGGAAGGCAGGAUAGGGAAAGUGCUAUAUAGAAAAUGAUAUAUCACAUGGGCCCAAAGAUGUACAGGCUUUUGACAAAUGAAGAACAACCAUAACAGGUAGAGGGAACACCAUGAACUAGGGCAUGAAAUUGAGUGUGUAACAUGUUCUAGAGAGAGAAGUGUGUAGGCAGGAGUUACUGGAAAAACAGGUUCGGAAAGAGAUUAGUUAAGGUCUCACAUGCCAUGUCAGAGAGUUUAGAGUUGGUUUUUCAGUUAAAGAGUAGGCAUAAAAAGUAGGGGAGUGUUUUUAUUUUCUCGACAUCUGUAACAGGAUGGAUUUAAAUUGCAAGAGACCAGGCCAGAGAGAAUUAGUUAAGAGGCGAAAUACUUUAAAAAAAAAAAAUAAUGAAGCCUAAAUGAAGACCAUGGAAAUUAAGAUGGAGGAGAAUAGAUGGAGAAACGUUUCAGAUAUAGAAUCAGUAGAUCCUCUUAAUAGAUAAUGAAGAGGACAGGUGAGGAAGAGUGGGGAAGUCAUUGAUGACUCCAAGAUUUCUGGUUGGUUGACUACCAAGAGUGGCAACAAGAGGAAGAAAGAAGUUUGGGAAAAGGGAGAAGGAUAAUGAGUUUGACACGCAGACCAAAGUAUAUCCAGAUGGAAAUAUUUGGUCAAUGACUAGAAAUACAGCCCUGUCACAUUGGUGGGAGCUGGGAGAAAGAUAGAGCUUUAGAAGUUGGCUUUGCAGAAAUGAGGCCUGAGGCCAUUGGAGUAGACUGAAUCAUCUAGGCAGAAUUACACGAUGAGUGAAAAGGAGGUUUGAGGGUGAAACCUCAUACAACACCUGGGUUUGAAGAACCAAGAAGCUGAACCAGUAAAAAAAAAAAAAAAAAAAAAAAAAUUAAUAAUUAGAAAUAAGGGAAGAAAACCAGAGUAUUCCCAUUUUGAAGAAAGAAGUCAGUGUGGAUGUGAGAGGAACUCAGAAUUUUCAGAGACACAGCGUACAAGAAAUUUUCAGAGACGGAAGAAAAUGAGAACUGAGAAGAAACCAGUGGAUUAACCAUAUUGAAGCUGUUCUAUAGGCAAUGGUGGCAGAGUCGGAUUUCAGGACACUGCAGAAGAGGAUGCGUAGGUGUCCACUCUUCUUUGAUAGUAUUUACUAGAGAAGAGAAAGCACUGGGGGCUGUGUAUCUCAAAGGAAGGGGUAUUUUUUUUCCUUUGAUCAGGAGUUUUAAAUAUAUUUGUAGGCUGAAAAGAGGAGUCAAGCUAUGUGUACAUGGGGCAAAAUGGUAUAUGUGGCGUGUAUUUUUAAAGUGAGUAGUUCAUUGCAUCUUCAACUUUUUUAUUUUAUUCAUAUGUGUCUUAUAUGAACAGGUAGUAGAAUAAUGGAAAAUUACAUUUGUUGGGUAUUUACAAAGGGCUUUUAUAUACGUUACCUCAUUUUAUCUUGACAGCUAUUCUGAAAUACAUAGGCCAGUUGUUAUUCUUUUUAUUCAGAUGAGGAAACUUAAGUCUCAUUGAGGUUUAAAAUCAUAUACUUUGUGAUAAAGCAGGACUUGAACCCACAUCUUAUGACUUCAAAUCUCAUUUUAGAUUUUACAGUUAAUCAAAGCUAUCUAAGUUAAAUUUUUAUUUUCAACGUUCUGUUAAUAUCAUCCAUUCAUACAUUCAGUCAAAAUUUUGUUGAGGUACUAGGAUAGGUUAAAAAAAAAUACACUUGUAGCCUUUAGGAGGUUUAAUGUCUACUGAAAGGUGGCAGUCAAUAAACCAGCAAUUGCAAUACUG